AUGUUGGAUUCUAUAUUGGAGUUGAUUACUCAAGCUGCUUCUAGCUCAACAUUCAUUUUUUGCUUUUGUAAUGUGAUCAUAGUGAUUAUUUUAUUGGAUUUAAAGCCAAGUGUAAAUUUUCAUCAAAAGAGUGAAAUCUAUCUUUCAAUAUGUGAAAUUGAAUCUCAAAAACAAGAAAUCAAGUCCAAGAGUAUAAAAUCAUUGACACAAGAGAAAGAAAUCUCGCACGUUGACAUGAAAGCUGAAGAAGAAAAAGAGGAGGAAGAAGAACAAGACGAAGACGAGAUUGAAAUUGGAAACGAUGAUGAUGUUGAUUGCAACAAUGAAGAGGAAGAAAAUGAAGAUGAGUUGAGGAAAAGAGUGGAAGAGUUUAUUGAAAAAGUUUACAAAAAAUGGAAAGAAGAAUUGUUGAGCACAUCAAGAUUAAUAUAUGCCAAAAAUAAUAAUGAGCUUUUGGUUAUAUAA